UAGGUUGUGGAAGCGGAAAAUAUCUCAACGUCAAUCCUUCGAUUUUCAAACUUGGAGUUGACCGAUGCAGUCGUUUGGCGAUGGCGGCAAGAGAAGAAAAAAGCGAGGUGAUGGUUUGUGACAAUCUUGCCUUACCUUUCCGAGACGAAAGCUUCGAUGCCGUACUUUCCAUAGCAGUUGUCCAUCAUUUCGCUACAACCGAAAGAAGAAUAACUGCUCUGAAGGAACUAGCAAGGAUACUGAGGAUUGGAGGGAGGUUGGUCAUAUCUGUCUGGGCAAUGGAGCAAAGGCAUAGAAAGUUUGAAUCUCAAGAUGUCUUAGUUCCAUGGCAUCGUCCUCAAAUAACUUCACCAUCUGUUGCAUUGACUCCAACCACAACAACAAGUGAAGAAGAAACACAUCAACACCUUUACACAGCAUGCACCCACACUUCAGAAAGUGAUUCGGCACCGUCAACCAGACCAGCUGCUCCGAAGCAUAAGACAAAGCAUAAAGAGGUAGUACCUUCGCCAAGCAGUUCAUCACUAUCCAGCCCAAAUGAAAGCUGUUAUAGUUUUGUUAGGCGAGCUUUCAAGAAAUUGACUGGAGUCAAAAGAAGUCCCACAGUAAGGCCUUGGUUUCUUGACUCAUGGACAUCUUGUGCAUCUAAAGAUCCACCACCAAGAAGAUAUGACCCAGAAGGCUGUGAAGAUAUACAAGAUUUACCAAUAGAGUUGAGGCAUUUAGAAGGAGACGUAGAUUUAUUAUUUGAGAAACCACCUCCAGUGAAAUCUGUGAAACAAACUUCAACAGAUGUUACUUUAAACCAUAAAUCAAAAAGUCUAAGUGACAUUAUCACUAAUGAACACAAAUCAAUAGUUCGAUCUCAAUCUAGUUUUCCAACCCUCGAAGGAAAUAAUCAAAAUAAUGUAAAAACUGAUGAAAAUGAAAAUAAACCGAAGUUAGUUAAGCAAAAACAGUCUAUGUGUGAUGAAGAUGUUGAAAGUGAAGAACGUGAUGAAGCUACAGAUAUGAAAGAUCUUAUUAAGUCACUACCUGAAUUUAAAAUUUCUGCAUUUGGUUUAAAUAAAAAAGGAAACGUUUUUAAACAGAGUUCAAUGAAUGAAGAAUUGAUGUCAGCAGAAAGAUUAAGAGAAAAAGAAAAAGUCAGACAGAAUAUACAAAAGCAAGCAUCAUUAAAUGAAGAGCUUAUAUUUAACAGAAACAAAACUCUUGAUUCUAUAAGAGACACAUUUUUUUCAACAUCUACAGCUAGAAGACUUCAGUUAUUGAAAAAUGGCCUAACUAAUAAAUUUAAGAGCUCAACAACUGGCAUAGAGAAGGUUUCAGGAGCAUCAAUAAAAAAUGGCUUUGUUCGUAUCCUUCAAGGUUGGGCAAGUGGUGAUUUAAAUGCUUCAGCAGCUCAGCCAGCUCCCCCACCACCUCCACCACCACCUCCUCCCAUUCCAAUAGAAUUUAAAACCUUCAUUAUUGAGGGUAAAAAGGACCAACCAGGUGAAAGACGCCAUUCUCGAGAAGAUGGUUCUGAUUCUUCAAAAGAUAGUAGCUUACAGAGUGAUACUAGUGUCGAUUCAGAGGACAGCUUUGCCUCUGUAAUUUUUAUUCCUAAAGCAGAUCAAUUGGAUCAGCCUUCUUCUAAUACUUCACCAACAUUACAAUCAACACCUGGUUCCCCACAACCCACUUCGCCCAAAAUUAAAUAUCCACCACCAAUUUCACCAAAAAUGAAAAACUCAACACAGAUGUCAUUUGGGCUACCCUCUCAUCCAUCUUCACCAAAGCUGAAACACCCUAACCAAUUAAUCAAUUCUCCAACUCCUUCAUCACCUAAAAUGAAAUACUUUCCUCAACCAACUCCUCCCAGAACUUUUCAACCAGGUUUGUUAACAUCGCCUACUUCAAGAGGCUCAUUAAAAUUCACUCCUUCUUCAGCUACAAACUCCCCACAGGUUUGCAAAACAAUAGUUGCAUCAAGUAAAUCAUUACCACCAACUUAUAAAAUACCUCAUCUUACACCAACGUCUCCAACUGGAGACCAUUCUAAGUUGCCUGAAAAAGAAUCUAGUCCUCCACCACAAAUAAGCACAGGAGCCAUACCAAAGACAAAAAGUUCAUAUAAUAUUUCAGAAUCUAAAUCAAGCCAAGAUUUUAAAUCUUACGAAGAUUUAAAACCUGUAUUGUCACCAGGAACAUCUCCAACAUCAUCAGAGAAGCCUAUAUUAAGUUCAGUUGAUAUAGGACCACUAAUUAAAGAAGAAAUUUCAACAAAAGAAGAAAAAGAAGAGGAACCUCUUGAUGAAAAUUUAAAAAUAGUGCAAGAAAUUGUUCGCCAAAAAGUUUCAUCAAGACAUCAUCAAUUUCCCUUAGUCAGAAGAUCUUCCACAAUGUUUGGGAGAACUGAUUCACCACCUUCUAGGCCAGUUCCUAGGCUUUUAUCACUUGAAAUAUUUAAUCCAGAAACAGAUGACAUGGAUAGUGAUUCAUCAGGUUUAUCAUCUCCAGAUUCUGUUGGAAGUGUGAUAUCAAUUAAAAAUGAAGAAGAAACUGCAACUGGCAAGUAUAAAUUAAAGGAUUUUUUUUUUUAUAAUUUAAUGAAAUUUACAUUACAAUAUUUUUUUUCCUCAUGCCGAAGUCGUGAGACCAUCUGA